AUGGACGACCACGACGUGGACGUGGACGUGGACGUGGACGUGGUCGUGGACGUGGACGUGGACGUGGACGUCGUGGACGUGGACGUGGUCGUGGACGUGGACGUGGUCGUGGACGUGGACGUGGACGUAGACGUGGAGGUGGUCGUGGAGGUGGACGUGGACGUGGACGUGGACGUGGACGUCGUGGUCGUGGACGUGGACGUGGAUGUGGACGUGGACGUGGACGUGGUCGUGGACGUGGUCGUGGACGUGGACGUCGUGGACGUGGACGUGGAUGUGGACGUGGACGUGGUCGUGGACGUGGACGUGAACGUGGACUUGGACGUGGACCUGGACGUGGACGUGGACGUGGACGUGGACGUGGUGGACGUGGACGUGGCCGUGGACGUGGACGUGGACGUGGACGUGGUCGUGGACGUGGACGUGGACGUGGACGUGGACGUCGUAGACGUGGACGUCGUGGUCGUGGACGUGGACGUGGACGUGGACGUGGACGUGGUCGUGGACGUGGUGGACGUGGACGUGGCCGUGGACGUGGACGUGGACGUGGUGGACGUGGACGUGGCCGUGGACGUGGACGUGGACGUCGUGGACGUGGUGGUGGUGGACGUGGACGUGGCCGUGGACGUGGACGUGGACUUGGACGUGGACCUGGACAUGGACGUGGACGUGGUCGUGGACGUGGUGGACGUGGAAGUGGUCGUGGACGUGGACGUGGACGUGGACGUGGACGUGGUGGACGUGGACGUGGCCGUGGACGUGGACGUGGACGUAGACGUGGACGUGGUCGUGGACGUGGUCGUGGACGUGGACGUGGAGAUGGAGGUGGACGUGGUCGUGGACGUGGACGUGGUCGUGGACGUGGACGUGGACGUGGACGUGGAGGUGGUUGUGGACGUGGACGUGGUCGUGGACGUGGAGGACUUGGACGUGGACGUGGUCGUCCACGUGGACGUCGACGUGGACGUGGACGUUGUCAACGGGAGUUGGGUAUUGGCCCCGUCCUCGCUUGGGCGGAUCCGACUUCGUGGUCGGGUGUGA